AUGGCAGCUGAGCGAAGGAUGACCAGGUCCCUGAAUUCUGCAGCCCAGACUUUGAGGGAACCAAAGGUGUUCUCAGUGGUAAAAGAGGAGACUUUGGACGGCACAACAAAGAAAGAAGACAGUCCCUUGAAGCAGAAGUGCUUGUCACGGGAAGCCAUAUCAAACCCUCCAGACUUUGCAGGGCCUCUCCAUCUGCCCAGUUUUGGGGAGGUAGAGAGCUCCAAGAAGGAGUACAGUCUUCCUUGGGGGCUAGGCCAGGAGUGGAGAAAGCAAGAAAGAGACACCACAGAAGAGAAGAUGCCUGUCACCUUUGAGGAUGUGGCAGUGAAUUUCACCUGGGAAGAGUGGGAAUGUCUAGAUGCCAGUCAGAGAGCUCUUUACCAGGUUGUUAUGUCAGAAACCUUCAAAAACCUGGAGUCUGUGGAUGUGGUCACCAAGCUUGAGCAAGAAGAGAGACAGAAGAGGGCAGAUCUCCAUCAGCCAAACAGAGAAGGCCUCCCUUCAGGAGACAAGAAAGAAGAACUUCAAGAGCCAGGUCAGAAUCUAAGAAAUGAGGGGGCUAGUGAUGACAAGAAAGUCUCCCUUCUUCACAGAGGGACAAGCCAGAGACCACCUUCUGGCAGGAUCUCAAUGUUCCGAACAUCCCAACCUGGACCACCCUUUCUCUGCAACACCUGUGGCAGGUGUUUCAGAAAGAGCUCCUACCUCCACAGCCAUCUCUCCAGUCAUCAGUUUGUUCACAACCCUAAGCAGACUAACAUCUGUAACCGGUGUGGAAAGUUGUUCUGGAGCCGCAAGGCCCUCAGCCACCACAGGCGCAGACAUCAUGGAGAGAGGCCCUUCCGUUGCUUACUCUGUGAUAAGACCUACUGUGACGCUUCUGGACUGAGUCGGCACCGCCGUGUUCAUUUGAAUUACCGGCCUCAUUCGUGCCCCGUUUGUGGGAAGUGCUUCCGGGACAGAUCUGAGCUCAAACGCCAUCAGAAGAUACACAAAAACCAGGAGCCAGUGGCUGGAAACCAGAAGCAUGUUGUGAGGAUUCCAGGCACCACAGCUGGAUUGCGGGAGCCCAUUGUCACGAGACAGAAGUCCAUCCAGGGACUUGUGAACCAGGCACCAGUGGCUAGGAUCCAGGAACCCAGAUUUAAAACUAAGAAUUCUGUGACCAGGACACAAGCACCAGACAGUAGAUCCUCCUACCGGAAUACCAGAUCCAACUCUAUUACAGUGCAACCCUCAAGAUUCAAGGUCUUCUCUUGCCCACAUUGUCCCUUGACUUUUACCAACAAAGCCUCUCUCUCCAGUCACCAGAAGGUUCACCUCACAGAGCAGCCUACCUGCUGCUUCUAUUGUGGCAAGUCCUUCAGCUCAUCCUUCUGGCUCUCCAAGCACCAGCAGACUCACUGGAAACAAAAGAUCUACCGAUGCCCCAUCUGUGACCUCUGCUUUGGGGAGAAAGAGGACCUUCUGAAUCACUGGAGGAGCUAUAAAGGCAAGGAACAGUACCUAGGCAGUCCCCAUAUAUGCUGGGUAAUCCUGGGCCAGAGCCUUGGCUGCUUUCAUGAUUCCCCGACUGGGAAGGAUUAGAGACAUGGAGGAAAUAGAUCUUCAGGAAUCCAUAUCCCCAGGAGAGAUGCAAUAUGGGAGAAGGCAUGCAAAGGAGACAAGGCGAAGGAGGCAGUGAGGAUCUCAAAACAUAAAUAAAUGACCUUUGCAACAGA